GGCACAGUGAACGCGUGGGUGCGAUGGCGGUGGGUUAUUUUUGAGAAGAAAACCGGGGUUGUCUCGCUGGGCUAGCUCGCACAGCGCGCACUAGUUGCCGCUCGGCGGAGGCACGGCUCGACGCACAGCCGGGACUCGGUGAGAGCGCAGCUGAAUGGAGGCAGCCUCUUCCUGGUGGAUAAACAGUGACAGCUACAGGGCAGCCACCGAGACCCAGCGCACAGGCUCCGGCGCUGCCCUGGCAAACAACACCAAAAUGGCUUCAGACAGUACACACACCGCGCAGUUGACUUCUGAGCUGUACUUCCUAAUAGCCCGGUUUCUAGAGGCUGGACCGUGUCAGAAAGCGGCCGAGACCCUGAUCAGGGAGGUGGAGGAGAAGGAGCUGCUGCCCAAAAGACUGGACUGGACGGGGCAGGAGCACCCCGGGACCUACGAAAAUUUGGUGAAGCUCUACCGACACAUCAGUCCAGACCACCUGCUGCAGGUCUGCUCUAGAGUUUGUCCGCUGCUGGAGGGGGAGGUCCCUGCCAGCGUUCCCGGACUCAUCAGCCUGCUGGGAGCCGGCAGGCAGAAUCUGCUCCGCACCAGCAAGAGUUGCAAGCAUGUUGUGUGGAAGGGCUCAGCACUGGCUGCCCUUCACUGCGGACGACCACCGGAGCCGCCAAUUAUCUAUGGAAGCCCACCUAAUAUUGUGGAGACAAGCUUCGGCCGUCGAUUAAACGGAUCCUACCGUCUCCGGCAGCUGGUGCCCACUGCCGUGUACCAGCACAUGAAGAUGCACAAGAGGAUCCUGGGACACCUGUCGUCCGUGUACUGCGUCACCUUCGACAGGACAGGAAGACGCAUCUUCACGGGCUCAGACGACUGCCUUGUGAAGAUCUGGGGAACAGACAAUGGACGCUUGCUGUCGACGCUGCGGGGCCACGCCGCCGAGAUCUCCGACAUGGCUGUGAGCUACGAGAACACCAUGAUCGCCGCAGGUUCCUGUGACAAGACCAUCAGAGUGUGGUGCUUACAGACCUGUGCCCCUUUGGCUGUCCUGGAGGGGCAUGCAGCAUCUAUCACCUCACUACAGUUUUCUCCUCUCUGUUGUGGCUCCAAGCGUUACCUGUCCUCCACCGGAGCUGACGGAACCAUCUGUUUCUGGCAGUGGGAUGCACGCACGCUCAAGUUUUGCCAGAGACCCAGUAAAUUCACGGAGCGUUCCAGGCCUGGUGUCCAGAUGAUCUGCUCCUCCUUCAGUGCAGGUGGGAUGUUCCUCGCCACAGGAAGCACGGAUCACAUCAUCAGGGUGUACUACUUUGGUUCAGGCCAGCCAGAGAAGAUCUCUGAACUGGAGUCGCACACAGACAAAGUUGACAGCAUCCAGUUUUCACACUGCAGUGACAGGUUUGUGAGCGGCAGCAGGGAUGGUACAGCACGAAUCUGGCAGCUGCAGCCUCAGGGCUGGAGAAGCAUUCUGCUGGACAUGCAGACCAAAUUACCCGGGAAGUACAACCCUCCUCCACUGGAAGACAAGGUGACCAAGCUGAAGGUUACCAUGGUAGCGUGGGAUCGCCAUGACAGCACGGUGAUCACAGCAGCCAACAAUCUGACGCUGAAGGUGUGGAACUCCACCACGGGAAACCUGGUCCAUGUCCUCAUGGGUCACGAGGAUGAAGUGUUCGUUCUGGAGCCACACCCUUUUGAUCCAAGAAUCCUGUUCUCAGCGGGGCAUGAUGGGAACUGUAUUGUGUGGGACCUGGCCAGAGGCGCCAAGAUCCGAUCCUACUUCAACAUGAUUGAGGGCCAAGGACACGGGGCACUGUUUGACUGUAAAUGUAGUCCAGAUGGACAGCAUUUCGCAGCCACAGACUCCCAUGGACACCUGCUCAUCUUCGGCUUUGGCUCCAGCAGCAAGUACGACAAGAUUGCGGACCAGAUGUUCUUCCACACCGACUAUCGGCCGCUGAUCCGGGACGCCAACAAUUACGUCCUGGAUGAGCAAACACAGCAGGCGCCACACUUAAUGCCCCCUCCCUUCCUGGUGGAUGUAGAUGGAAACCCCCACCCCCCUAGAUACCAGCGGCUGGUGCCAGGCAGGGAGGGCUGCAGGGACGAGCAGCUGAUCCCACAGAUGGGUGUCACUUCCUCAGGCCUGAACCAGGUGGUGAGCGAGCAGGCGGUGGAUGGUCCCAGUCCUUUGGACACGAUGAUUCAGAGGCUGCAGCAGGAACAAGACCAAAGACUGGGAACAAAUGAUGCCCCUGCUCCGGCUGCUGUGAACAGCAUGGCCAGUAGAGGAUCGGUGGGUUCGCCAAUAGAGGUCCACUCCCCACCCAACGUGGGUCUACGUCGCAGCGGCCAAAUCGAGGGUGUACGCCAGAUGCACAGCAAUGCUCCGCGCAGCCAGAUGGCCACAGAGGGAGACCUGGUGGCCUGGAGCCGCAGGGUGCUGGUACCUGAGCUGGAAGACGCCUCUGUCGGGAGGCAGGUGACCUGGCGUGAGGCUAAAGGGGAGGAGGAAAUCAAUAUUUAUCAGUCAGAGAGGAGGAGACGCACCAUCCACUCUCUCCCCAAGGAGAGCAGGGUUCAUCCCACAUCAGAGUGUGUCGUUGAAGAGGGGCGGAAGAGUCAGGGUAACCAUGGUUAUCACACUCGUGCUGCCAUGGAAGAGACGAGUCGACAGAGCGCUGAGGGUGCAGACGACGAUGACAGCACCUCAGAGGGAGAGGUUGAGGUACGUCAAAUCAACGGCCAUUCCUCAGAGGAGGAGAAGGAGGAAGAGCAAAAAGAGCCCUGGCCAGAUGACCACAGUAGUUCAAGCGACUACUCCAGUGAUUACUCGGACUGGACGGCAGACGCAGGCAUCAACCUUGAACCGCCCAAGAAGAGCGUUAAAGUAAAAAAGAAGAGCAGUGGCUCUGAGGAGGAUGGAGAAAAGAAGAGGGAUGGGAAGAAGGACAGGAAGAAGGACAAACCAGACAAAGACGGCGCGUUACCAAAGAAGAAGAAGCCAAAGGAAAAGGUUCAGGAGCAGGAGUUGAUGAAGAUAGUUGGACUUAAGUACGAGGUAGGCUUGCCCACAUUGUGCUGUCUGAAACUUUCCUUCCUGGACCCUGACACCGGCAAACUCACCGGAGGAUCGUUCUCCAUGAAAUACCAUGACAUGCCUGAUGUAAUCGACUUCCUGGUGUUGCGACAGCAGUAUGACAAUGCCAGAAAUAGACAGUGGAGUAUAGGUGACAGGUUUCGGUCAGUGAUAGAUGAUGCCUGGUGGUUUGGGACCAUUGAAAGCCAGGAGCCCUACCAGUCCCAGUAUCCUGACAGCCUGUUCCAGUGCUACAAUGUCUGCUGGGACAAUGGAGACACGGAGAAGAUGAGUCCUUGGGAUAUGGAGAUGAUUCCAGAUGAUGCCACGUUCCCUGACGAGUUGGGCCUGAGCGUCCCCCUGGUAGAAGACGAGCAGAAGGAGCUGCUUUACGUCCCUAUGGACGGAGAAUGGGGCUCCCACACACGCCCAGACGAGUGUGAACGUAUCAUCAAAGCCAUCGACCAGCUCUGCACGCUCGAUGUUGCGGCGCCAUUUGCCUUUCCAGUGGACCACCAGGCUUACCCCACGUACUGCACAGUAGUGGCCUUUGUCACUGACCUCAGCACUAUACGCCAAAGGCUGGUGAACCGCUUCUACAGACGACUGUCCUCUCUGAUGUGGGAAGUUCGUUACAUUGAACACAACGCGCAAACGUUCAACGAGCCUGGAUCAUUCAUAGUCACUACCGCCAAGUUCGUCUCUGACCUCAUGCUGCAAUUUAUUAAGGACCAAAGUCUGACCGACCUCAUGCCCCUGUACAAAACUAUGAAGAAGGCAACGUUCUCUGACUCUGAAGAUGAGGAUGAGGAUGAGGAGGAUGAAGAUACUAAUACUCCUGGAACGUCCACACGAAAAUAUAAGGGACGUCCACCGAUGCAGCGCCAACUGCGAACCCGACCUCCUUCCUACGACCCUCAUGCAUGGAGGGGGCGCUGUAAGGAGCUGCUGGACCUGAUCUUUCAGUGUGAAGACUCCGAGCCCUUCAGAGAACCCGUGGACAUACAGGAAUACCCGGAUUACCUGCAAAUAGUUGAGUCUCCAAUGGACUUUGGAACCGUUCUCAACACAUUAACAGAAGGAAAGUACCAGUCUCCCAUCCAGCUCUGCAAAGACGUGCGGCUCAUCUUCAGUAAUUCCAAAGCGUACACGCCCAGUAAGAAGUCUCGGAUCUACAGUAUGAGUCUGAGGCUUUCUGCUCUGUUUGAGGAGCAUGUCAGCUCCAUCUUGGCCGAUUACAAGGCAAUCCACGGCCUGACAGGAAAACUGACCAGACAGGGCACAGAUAGACAGACGCGACACACGACAGACAGACAGACGAGGCACGCCAUGAAGAGGAGGAGGAGGAGGAGCGUGUCUCCCACAAGCAGCACUGCAUCCAGCCCAGAAAGGAAGAGACGUGUAUCAUCGAGGGUGACGGCAAGAAGGGAGCCGUCACCAGCUCCAUCUCGAAGUUCCUCCCUGAGACAGAGCGUUCCACAAAAGCAGCCGCCCCAACUGGUCAACGGGAAGGCAGAUACACCAGCUGGCGGGCGAACACGCAGUGCAGCACGCCAUUCUGCACAUUCUCCACCUGCCGCAUCCUCCUCACAUAAUUCCACAAGCAACACAACAGAGUCGACUCGUUCGCUGAGGACUCACAACUCUGUGUCAGCUUCAACACCAGCGGUCUCUGAAAAGGUGGCUCCCAGUCCAGCUGCAGAAAGUAGCAGUGGAGGAAGCACCCGAAGGAAACUCAGGACACCUGUACGACACACGCCUGGCUCUCCUGUCAGCCCUUCAUCUCAGAGCACAGCCCACCUGAAUGGUCACAGUAGUCAUGUGACCCUUGGGAUGGGAAAGAGGGGGCGGAAGUCCAAAACAGAACCACCGGUGAGUCCUCCAGAGGUCACGACGCCAGCAAGCCCCUCUAGACCUCAAGACCGCCCCCCUGGCAAAAAGAGAGGCCGGAAGAGCAAGCAGGAGCUGGAGGAGAUGAGAAGGAGCAGUAACCGCAGGAGCUCCACCCCUGAUGAUGAGCUCGACCACUCCACAGGAGACGAAGGUGGGGCAUCUUCUGCGCAGGAAACAUCUGUGCUGUCAGACUCUGGCGUGCCAUCGACGCCUAGACGGCGCGGCCGGCCCCGAUUGGUACGAACUGAUGAAUCAACUCCUCCCACGGAGUCACCAGAGCCCUCACCGCUGAGGAGGAGCAGCAGAAGAGCCAAUGAGGAGGUGACCGCUCCUCCACAGACCGCCCCUCAACGAUCCAAUCGCAAGGAGUCUCCAAAGGAGGAGGCAGGGGAGGGUGAAGGGGGGUCUAUGCGCACACGUAACCAGGGGCGACGGUCAGCCUGGUACAUGGAGGAGGACUCUGAGGAGGAGCAGAGGCAGCUGCUGUUUGAGGACUCAUCGAUCACCUUCGGCACCUCCUCUAAGGGACGCGUCCGCAAGCUGACAGAGAAGGCCAAAGCCAACCUGAUUGGCUGGUAACAACACAAAUUCAAGAUGUGAGGAGGAGGCCGACUGCCCUGACGUCUUUGCAUUUGAUGAGUAGGGGGCUAUCUAGGAAGUCAUGUUGCUGUUGUAUGCAUUUCUGUGCACGUACGUGUGUGUGUGUAUGUCUGAACGGCCACUGGCUCAGCUGCUGCUAUUUGAAGCUGUGGCUCCGGAGAGACACAACAGCGCAGUGGUCUGUCCAAUCCUACUUCCUGUCUGCCCAGUGAGCACAUCACUGUGGCAACCAGUGGCUUUCAGCAUGUUCUUCUGUUCGAGCUCCUCUGACAUUACUGGUCCAUGUUGGAUCUGUUAAGACGCUCGCUGACUCCCGUAGUUGGUGGUGUUGUGACCUGCUUCUGUCCAGUGAUCGACUCUUUGCCCUGGUCUCACCUGAAACACUGCUGGGUGUCACAGACUGGACAGAGUUUUAGUACUUGAAAAAGUCAUGAAGAGAUGGAUGCAUCUCAUCUCUGUCUUACUAUUUCAGAGAAACUUUUCAAGUUUUUCUCAGCUAGGAUGAAAAAAGUCACCGGCUGAGCUUAAAUUGUUUGGUCUGUGAUGGACGACAGACCAAGCACUGGCCUGACAACAUCUUUCGCCCCUGUCAUCAUUGUUCCUGUUCUUUUUUUCUUUUAUACAACCCUUUCUUGGCUUUUUCUAAGAUUUGUACGUAACGAUCGGCUCUCUGUUUUGGAAGUCUUACACAUUGGCUGACCUGAGCGUGUCUGUCUGUGCUAAAAUACCAAAUGGUGUACCUGUAUAGGUACUGUAGAUCCAUAGGCUCUGUUUACUAUUGGUGUGUGUGUGUGUGUGUGUGUGUGUGUGUGUGAGAGAGAGAGUUUUGUUUUGCAUGUUAGAAAGAGGAAGCAUCACUUUUUUUCCCCAGAAGCUGUUUUUCCUGUGAGGAGGUGAAAAGGGAUGCAUGGGUGAAAGGACUCAUUUUAGAUCACGUUUCAAUGCGUCCUCAACAUUAGCAAUACCUUGUGCCUUUAUGUCUCUGGAGUGUGUGUGUGUGUGUAUGCGUGUGUGUAUGAGCGUGCUUGGCCUCUGCCCUGCAAAGUACAUGUGCCUGUAUGUGUGUGAACUUAUGUUGUGUGUAACUGAAGGAGUGUGUGUGUUUUUAUAACACAACUGGGUGUGUCACUUUCACAAACAGUAGUGUACAAACAGUGGCAUACAGUUUGAUCGUUGUGAAACCUCUCAAAGAAAAUGUAUUUAUAGCAGUUUGAAAAAAGACUUUACUCUUGUUGUAAACAUACCAUUAUUCAUGUCAGUAUAUUAUCCUAUAACCAACCUAUUGUCAGUUUAUACCUAAGGUACAGCGAGCGGAGCUUUGGGUGACUAGCUUUGAGAUGCACUUACCACAGAGCGGUUAUCAAUGCAGUCUUAGGGAGCGAGUAACCCUGCGUAUUUUAAAACUGUAAACAUAUAAAAAGGAACUUUUUCAAAUGUUGAUAUGUUUCUAUGGUGACCACAGACGUGCGUGCAUGCACACACACACACACAAUUAUGUCUUGCAUGUUUUAGCACUUUCUCAUCAACAGGAUGGAGCCAGAUCAAACCGAUGUGGACUGAAUUUGGAUGGAAGAAGAGAGAGAGAGAGAAAGACAAGUCUUACAUCUUUCUGAUGGUGUGCCUUCGCUACUCUGGCAUAAUAUCCUCACUUUCUCCUUUUUGGGGAAUUUCUUUUUUGCUUUGUUCAUUUUUUUCCCCCUGACAUCCUGGUUCUGCUCGUCGCCAGGUUCAGAGAAUCGCACUGGACCUGGCGGGCUGGUACAGGAGUCUGAGGAAAGACAGAACAAUGAGCAGUCUGACAGGAGACAAACAUAUUAUGUCUCUCUCUCUCUGUGGACAGCGAAUGAAGUGAAUUUCUACAGAUGGCAUCCUCUGCUCCACUUGAAACAUAAUUUCUGUUUCCACCCCAGCACAGAGCAAGUGAAUGCUGAAACGUGACACUUGUGGGGGUUGACUGGGGAAAACUUGGUGGUAGCAUCUCCACACAUCUGAUUCAUUUCACGUCUUCCUUGUCACAUAUUAUUCAAAGUAUAUCUCAUCUGUUUAUCAUUGUUUUUGUUUUGUUGAUGCCAAAUUCUGUGUUUGGGCACUGAACUUUUAGAACAAGGCUUUUGAAUGUUUUUAGUUUUACUGUCUCUACUGUGAGUGUGUGGAGCUCGUACAGUGUGUCAAAGGUUUGUCCGACUGUGUCCUCGCCAUAGCGGACAAUGUUGAAGUGGCUGGAUCUGUGGAGUGAUACCGCUGGACUGGUUGUUUAACACUCUGCCGCAAUUAUCUGAGGACACUCAAAACUCACAUUUUAUUAUUUUCCGGUCUAGUCUCACUGACACUUUGUUUAUAUUGUGUAUAUGAAGAGCUUUAUUCCAUGACCUACAACAGAGACAUUGUCUCUCAUGACUCUUGACAUCAAAGUAAAUUUUAUAAUAGUUUAGUUUGUUUUUUUCAAAUUAGGAAGCUUAUAAUUUUGCCCAUGAAAUGAUUUCCUUUGUGGGCGGCAAUUUUGUUGGUUUCAAGUGUUUGUUAAUGACUGUCAUCAUAAAAUCGAUCUAUUAUGUCCUCAUAGGUUCAUAAAGGUAAAUACAUAUAUGCACAUUUUAUCAUGAUGAUUAGAGUUUGGAACAAAAUUUUCAACCCAGGCUUCUCAAAGCUGGAAUAUGAGCUCACUUGUAAACAUGUUUACAUGCGCAGGUCUGCAGCUUCUAAGCACAGCUCAUGAGAAUCCCAGAUGUUUGCAGGAUAUUGACGAGUAUCGAGACAUUUUGAGUUAUGAUUUUUUUUGGGCAUUCUUUGGCCUGCUUUGUAAGAGCAUUGCAUCCCAUGUUAAUAAUGAGAUAAGGAGGGAUGUGCAGUAUUUAUCUGCUAAAUUCCCACUGAAAUUCAGUCAAAUUAUGAUAAAGUUCAUCAUAUGAAAAUGGAAAUUGAACUUUUUUAGUAUACUAGCAUCUGCUCCUUUGAAUCAAAGCACCUACAUUGCCUGUAUUUUUUCGAGAAGUAAAAGUAAAAGAGCUGAUUUAGUGUUGCUAGUCAGGUGACCUGAACCAUUAGUGAUUAUGUAAAACCUCUAAUCAUUACAAAGGGGCCUUAAAAUCAAGUUACUGGUUAUUAGCCAGAAAUGUUUUAUUCAUUUAUACUUAUGCUCUCAGACACACAUCUGCCCUGUCUGUAGUUCUUCACAGAGUGGACCUCAUUAGGUUUUGGUAUCAGUGUCUUCCACCUUGACUCAGCUCCUCAGGUCAGCCCUCUUACUUUUACCAGACCCCCCAACUGUAUUUUGAUGCUGAUGUACACACGCAUCCAUUCACCACAGGCCUGUGCUAAAUUUGUGGCAGAGUUGUGCAGUUUGUGGCCUCUGACCAGGCACCACAGUCUUAGGUCAGAGGUUAAAGGUCAUAGUGUGUGUGCGCGUAUGUGUGUGUGUGUGUGUGUGCCUGUAUGAAGUGGCUGCAUGUGAGCCACUGGGAAGCAUUUUUGGGACGUUUUUUUAAGUUUUAAAGGGAUGUGGGCUGGAAAAGAAGAGAACAGGAAGGGAAGGGGUCUGUUUCACAUGAACUGAGUGAGCAGGAUGUCUUUGUCAGUUUGGAUACUUUUUAUAUAUAAAAGAAUUCAUGCAAAAAAGAAGCAUAAAGCUAGAAUGUAUGUGUAGGGGAGUACUGCUGUCCUGUUAGUUAAUACCAAUAUUUUAAGUAAAUAAACAGUUGUGUUUCCAUAUUCA